ACAGGUAUGAUGGUGAACUGCUGGGGUCUGCUAACUUCCCAGGAGGAACCAGUUCCUCUGAAGAGCGUGGAGGUGGAGCUGGAGGUGAGGGACCAUGUGGCUACAGUGGUCUCCACUCUGAACUAUGAGAACAAGGAGGACAAACUACUAGAGGCUGUUUUUGUCUUCCCUCUGCCUGGAGAUGCUGCUGUCUGUCACUUCAGUGCUAAGAUCGGACAGACAGAGAUUGUAGCUGAGGUGAAGGAGAAACAGAAGGCUCGUGAGGAGUAUGAUGAUGCUUUGAGCUCCGGUAGGGAGGUCUUCCUGUUGGAGGAGAGUGAUCAGAGUCCAGAUAUAUUCUCUCUGAGUGUGGGCAGUCUGCGUCCAGGAGAGAGCGCCUCCAUCAGGCUGGAGUACAUCACUGAGCUGGCUGUGCAGGCUGAUGAAGGGCUGAGGUUUUGUCUGCCUGCUGUGCUCAACCCUCGCUACCAACCUCGGGGAAGUAAAGAUGUUUGUAUCCAGGUGACCUCUGUUCCAGCCUCUCUGGUGCCCUACAGUCUGUCUUUCUCUGCCCGAGUGUCCUCUCCUCGUCCAGUCUCUAAAGUAGAGUCCAACUGUCCCCUGGACGCUCUCCAGUACCUCAACACAGAGCAAACCCAGGCUAUGGUCAAGAUGGCUGCAGGACACAAGUUCGACAGAGAUGUUGAACUGCUGAUUUAUUACAAAGAUGCCCACCAGCCCACCGCUGUGGUGGAGGCAGGACAGGCCUCUGCCAAGCCUGGCACUCUGAUGGGUGAUCCAGUGGUGAUGCUGAGCCUGUACCCUGAGUUCCCCCAGGCUGUGAUGUCUUCAGACGCCUCAUGUGCAGAGUUUGUGUUCUUACUAGAUAGAUCUGGCAGUAUGGCAGGGUCCCGUAUAAAGUGUGCAAGGGAUACUCUGCUGCUCCUGUUGAAGAGCUUACCAAUGGGCUGCUAUUUCAACAUCUACAGUUUUGGGUCCAGCUAUGAACACAUCUUCCCUAAGAGUGUGGAGUACAAUGAGAAGACCAUGGAAGAGGCUCUGAAGAAAGUUAAUACGAUGGGCGGUGAUCUGGAAGGAACAGAGAUCCUGACUCCCCUCGAACAUAUUUACAGCCAGCCCUGCAUUUCCAGUCAACCUAGACAACUAUUUGUCUUUACUGACGGAGAGGUGAGGAACACCAAAGAAGUUAUAAAUCUGGUGAAGAGGAAUUCAGGUUCCCACAGGUGUUUCUCUUUUGGGAUUGGGAAAGCGGCCAGCUCUGCUCUUAUCAACGGGUUGGCCAAGGAAGGAGGAGGUCACGCUCAGUUCAUCACAGGGACUGACAGGAUGGAACCCAAAGUGAUGCAGUCGCUGCGUUUUGCUCUGCAACCAACUGUGGUGGACAUCUCAGUCAAGUGGGAUUUGCCAAAGGGAGUGUCUGUCACUGCUCUCUCUCCACCAAUCACAGCACUUUUCGAUGGUCAAAGGUCACUGGUUUAUGCCCAGCUCACUGGACAGAGUUCAGAGGCAGUGGAGGGCUGUGUGACGGUGAAGUACAGCCUGGCAGGUCAUCCCUCUCAGAACCAGCUCCACUUCAGUCUCAAACCUGCAGAGGACACUGGAUUAACAGUCCACAGGUUGGCUGCUAGGACUCUGAUUCGCUCCCUGGAGAAGGAGGAGGGAGAAAGAGGAGGAGAGCAAGACGGAGAAGUGAAGAAGAAGGUGGUGGAGCUCAGUGUCCAAUCAGGAGUAAGCAGUGCCUUCACUGCCUUCAUUGCUGUCAACAAAGGAGAUGGCAAGGCGAUUCAAGGACCUCUGGUCCUCAGAAAUGUUCCCACACCCAACUUAUCUGCUGGAGAGGUUGAAGUGGCCAUGCACGAACAUGGUGUGUUUUCUCGGUCUGAAGGACAUGGUUUCCACGUAUUUCACUGUGGGAGCAUUGGGCACCAGCUGACACCCAGAGAGGAUUUGCUGCAGCUGGUCUCCCUCCAGAAGGCGUCUGGCUGCUGGGUGCUGGAUCCAGCUCUGGCUGCUGCAUUGGGAAAGACCAGCAAGGAGGUUAAGAACACAAAACCUUCAGCAGUGAAACAUGGAGUGUGGGCCACCAUUCUGGCUCUGAUCUGGCUCCAUGGUUUCAAGAUGGAUGCUCAGGAAGAGUGGAAACUUCUGGCUAUGAAGGCGGUGUCAUGGCUCCGUGCCCAGAAUGCUUUAUGUGUGACAGAGUGUGUGGAAGCUGGAAAUGCUCUGCUGGGUUGCAACGUGCAGAAAGACGCCCUGGGUUUCUGAGAUUGUCAUUAAAGUGACUUCCCUUAAUGGUACACAGAAGCAGAUCUACUCCAUCCUACAACUUUAACUGUAUUUUCUCAACAUUGCAGUAUACUUCACUUUUUGCACUAUUUACAUUUUUUGUUGAGAGAUGGACUGACAUGGAAAAAGGUUUUGUGCAUUAUUAUCCUCACUAUAUCUGCCCUGCACUUCAUCCAUCAGCCAUGUAACUGUAUAGAGUUCUUCUGUUUUGAGCCGUUAAAGCUGUGGUAGGUACUUUGUUUUUUGCAUCGUUGGGAAAAAAAAUCCUAUAAUACUUUAGACUUCUAGAUAGAUCUAGAUAUAUCUAGAUACAAGACGUCUGCAUCUCGUCUUGGCUCGAGAGAGAGGGAGAGGGAGAACUGCAGGAAGAGGUCUCAGUCUACUUCAUAUUAUUUUUGCAUUCAACCCUCUGCAGCUUCACAGUUGCUUUUUUACCUGAAACAGUUUUUACUUAAUUCAACUUGAAUAUUUGGACAAAGUGAACAUGUAUGGCUAAAUUAUGAUUAUGAAUAAAUAAAUAAAGAACUGUGCAUAGAAGUUCAAAUAAAAUGACAACACAUUUGUUCAUGCGUGUACCGUGAAAAUGUAAAUACAUGAGGCACACAUGCACUUAGGUGGAUGCUGAAUUGUAAAAGUAGGUUAAUGCUAAUGUGUAUCUACAGGCCAAAGUUGCACCACUUUUCCUCGCUAGCCUCUAGUCUAAUCCACUACAGUAGCAUCUGUAACUGAUGUGUCUGAGCCACAGUUUUUAGAUGCGGAAAUUACAGCUGUCAUUAAUGAUGCAAAAUGAUGAUUAAUAAGUGUUAAAAUUUUCAGUUUACUGUUAAUUAUAUAGUACUAUUGAUUGUCUCUUAUACAUGGAUUAGUAAAUGAAUAUGGGAGUUAUUUUGGACAAUGAGUUUGCUCAGAGGGUUUCUUUCAUCAGUAAAAAGCUGCACCAUGUUCCUCUGUUCCUCUGGUUAUAUUCUAUGCUAAAUACUGUCAGAAUCUACUACUGCUACUUCAAUAAAAAAAAAAUUGAAGGCUUUGUCAUUUCAA